AUGUCGACCGAACACAUAAUCCGGCGACGGUCCAAUGACCACGAAAAACCCAAACCCGCGGAGGAGUCCGACGGCCUGUACGAGGCGUACGAGAUCGAGCUCCAGAACUCGGCGGGCGGCACCAUCCGCUUCGGGGAUCUGAUCGCCGGCAAGGGGUCGAAUAUUACGACGCUGGUGAUUUUCAUCAGACACUUCUUCUGCAUCUACGACCAAUCCUACGUCCGCACCGUCUCCCACCACCUCAGCGACAGCAUCCUCGCCAGCCUCCCCGAGAACGCCGACACCGGCCCCUGCCAGGUCAUCAUCAUCGGCUGCGGCGACCCCGCCCGCAUCGUCCCCUACGUCGCCGAGACCGCCGCCCGCUUUCCGGUCUACACCGACCCCACCGGCCGCAUCUACUCGGAGCUCCGCAUGAAGCGCACCGUCCACGGCAUCACGCGCCCGCCCGUCUACACCGAGGUCUCGUUCGUGAGGGCGCUGGGCCGCACCCUCAAGCAGAUGUUCUCGGCGGGUGGGUGGCUUCGGGCGUUCCGGGGCGGGCCGUGGAAUUUGAAUGGUGGGGAGUGGGUGUUUCGGGGUGGGCGGUGCGUGUAUGUGCAUCGCAUGGAGAAUGUGGGCGAUCAUUUGACGGCCGGGCAGUUGUUAGAGGUUUUGGGGGAGGGGAAGCAGGGGGAGGAUCUGCAUCAUGAUGGGGAGGUCGGGGGGAAGGGGUGA